UCGGAACCAGUCGCUUGUAAGCCGGGAACAAAUGACAACCUUGAUUUAAAUAUAAAGAACUAAAUGAAUUACAAUUGUGUAUAGUUUUUUGAAUAUAAUUUAUCAAAAUGCAAGUGCGGCCUCUAUCGCUUGCUUUGCAAGAAAAAGCUGCAUUAGAAUUGUACGAGACGCCGAAUAAACUGGAAAAUGGAUUGAAAGAAUUAAAGGAAUGGAUCAGUCAACAGCCCCAUUUGAAAGCUCGAACAGAUGACCAAUGGCUUGCUGCUUUCCUGAGAGGUACUAAGCAUAAUUUGGAUCGAGCCAAGGAGAAGAUAGAUCUAUACUAUUCGUUAAGAACAGUAUCGCCUGAUCUAUUCAGGUUUAGACAGACUAACCCACGGUUUAAAUAUUUACUGGGAACUGGGGCUGCCUUAGUGUUACCGAAGCUGGCAACCCCACUGUCUCCUCGUGUUAUCCUCAUCAAACCCAGCCUUUACGAUCCGAGCGAGAUUCCGCCAAUCGAUUUCUUCUCUUUUGCACAUCUUUUUCAACAGAUCAUGUAUUUAGAAGAUGACGCGUUUAUGGUGAAUGGGACUAUAAACGUGAUAGACAUUGAGGGAAUCACCAUGGCUCAUAUAAUGGCGAUGACACCAACAGUAUUGAAGAAGCUCGUGAUUGCGGGGCAGGAUGCUUCACCAUUAAGAUUAAAAAGUUUGCACAUCAUAAACGGAGUGCCGAUUUUGGAGAAAUUAUUCAGUUUGACGAAAAAACUUCUCAACGAGAAACAUAGGAAAAAACUCUUUAUGCACACCAAGGAUUUGAGUACACUGAAUAAUUACGUCCCUCCUGAAAUAUUACCUGUGGAGUAUGGCGGACAGGGAGGAAGUAAGCAGGAGAUAAUAGACUAUUGGGUGAAAAAACUAGACGAAUAUGGAGAUUGGUUUGAAGAAGAUAUGAAGUUUGGAACGGAUGAGAGCAAUAGGCCGGGUAAAGAAAAAACUACAGAAAAUAUGAUCGGAGUCCAAGGAUCUUUUAGGCAAUUAACUGUGGAUUAAUGAGUAUACUAGUACCUACUAUAGUAAUUUUAUAAUUGAUUUUUGUUUAUACUACAUAAUUGCUUACUUGCUAGCCAAACUGAAAAUAAUUUUAUGUGAUUUGAUUAAAAUAAUUUAAAAAACCUUUCUAAAUAGUUAUACGCCUAACUGA